GGGGCCGUUCACAUUGGGCAGGAAGUGGCGUAUCGCCGGCGGCGGCAGUCGCGGCCUGUAUACUCCAGCGAACAUGCGCCUGAGCCUGACCAUCGCUGCCCUUUUCGGGAUCCUCCUGACCUGCUUUUGCCUUUCAGCGUAUGGCAUGCAAUGUGAGCGGAGUCAAAGGAAGCACGGUUGCGCAAUCAGUCCGCAGAAUGUGUGUGUGUGCUACAUCGGCUGCAAGAGGGAACUGCCGUACGACUCGCUGGCCGAAUGCAAAAAGGAUCUUAAUGAGCGGAGUUCGAACGCGUGCAACCGGCAACCGUGCCGCCGCGGCAUCUGCACGCAGACCGCGCUGCCGCCGGGCUUCGCCUGCAAGUGCGAGGGCACCGGCUUCUACGGAAACUACUGCGAAAAACCAUGCCCCACUGCUCGUUUGCAUUACGGACAGAUCUUCCCCCACGAAUGUGUCGUCAUAUAAAGCAAGCAAACACGUUAUACUUCAGAAAUGUAUAGUGUAGUACUUAAAAUAUAUAAAAGAUCUUCGAAUACUGUA